AUCCAGAUCAUUCCUGCUCUCACCCUCAGGCCUGCCUUCACCUUACUGUUCUCCACGCUGCGAUACUGUGGACUGAGAUUUCAGCUGCGCUUCUGAUGGAGCAGAAGGUGGUUCUCAUUACUGGCUGCUCCUCAGGGAUCGGGCUCAGCCUGGCUGUCCACCUCGCAUCUGACCCAUCUAAAGCAUACAAAGUAUACGCCACCAUGCGAAAUCUGGAUAAGAAGCAGCGCUUGAUGGAGAGUGUGAGAGGGCUCCAUAAAGACACCAUGGCCAUUCUGCAGAUGGACAUCACUGACCAGCAGUCAAUACUCAACGCCCAGAGCAACAUCACUGAGGGCAGAGUCGACAUAUUGGUGUGUAAUGCUGGUGUGGGUUUGAUGGGACCACUGGAAGCCCAAUCUGAUGAAACCAUGAGAAGAAUUCUGGAUGUAAACCUCUUGGGCACUAUCCACACUAUCCAAACCUUCCUACCUGACAUGAAGAGGAGGAAAGACGGACGCAUCCUGGUCACUGGCAGCAUGGGGGGCCUGCAAGGUUUGCCCUUUAACGAAGUGUACUGUGCCAGCAAGUUUGCAAUAGAGGGUGCCUGUGAGAGCCUGGCUAUUCUGCUACAAAACUUCAAUAUCCAUGUGAGUAUGAUAGAGUGUGGGCCAGUAAACACAGACUUCCUGAAGAACCUAAUGAAGACUGAGCCCACGGACGAGUCUGUGGAAGUGGAUGCGGACACACGCAGCCUGUACAAGAAGUAUCUGCAGCACUGCCAGGAAAUAUUCCAGAAUGCAGCACAGGACACUGAGGAGAUCGUUCAGGUGUUUUUGGAGGUGAUCCAGUCUCCAUGUCCUCUUUUUAGGUACUACACUAACACUGCCCUGCUGCCACUGAGCAGCCUCAAACUGAUGGCACUGGAUGGGUCCCAAUACAUCCGAGCUAUGGGCAAAUUCAUCUUCUCAGCCGAGCAUGCAGAUUCACGGAAAUAAUACACUUCAAUAAAAUUAAUAGACAUCGAUCUGCCUUCAAUCUACCUUUAAGCCACUUAAUUUGAAGUUAAACUCUAUUUUAAAUUCAUGUGCACUGCCUGUCAAAAGUGUGGAGAUUUUCUCUGCAGUAACUUUUUUAAAUCAUUAAUAUGUGAGCAUAAGUCAUUUAAACUGAUUUCAUGUUGUUGACGAUUCAUUCAUCAAGAGAAGCUAUGAAGAGAAUAUGUAAAGGAUUUAAUAAAGGGAUACACAGAAAAUUUAGCA